AUGGCGACGUACGCGGUAGGCACCCCCGCGUGGGCACCCCCCUCCGCGCCUCUCGCGUCCGCGCUGUCGCCGUCGCCGUCGCCGUCGCCGUUCGUCGAGCACGCGAUCCCAACCCCGGAGCGCGCGAUCCAGACCCAUCGCGAGGCCGCCUCGGACGCCGCGGGAGGAGAAACAUCGGGCUCGGACGACGUCUUCCUCCGCGUCGCGCCGUACCAGGUCGCAGGUCACAGCAGCAAGGGCGUCGGGCUCCCGUCUCUCGUUGACGGCCGCGGGCACUUUCUCAAGCCGUGCGCGGUGGGCGAUCGCAAGGGCGACGCCGAGCUCGCGUUCUAUCGCGCGGUGCAUCGCGCGUCCUCGUCGUCGUCGUCGUCUUCGCGCGAGGCGGCGGAGGACGGAGGGGACGCGCACGGCGAUCCGUCUUCGUCGUCGUCGUUUCUUCUGUCCUCUCCGUCGCGCGCGCUCGCGGGUUUCGCGCCGUACGUCCCCGCGUACGCGGGCACACGCGUCGUCGCCGCCGCGGGCAUCGUCGAGGUGCGCGACUGUUUUUUUUUACUCGAGGACGUGUGCUCCGGGUACAGACGACCGUGCGUCAUCGACCUCAAGGUCGGCCUACGGACAUACAGCGAAACGGGGCACGACGACGCGUACAUCGCGAAGCGAUGCGCGCACGACGAGCGAAGCGGGCAGGCGAGCGUGGGAUUUAAAGUGUGCGGGAUGCAGACGUGGGGCAGGCGGACGAAGACUAAGAGAGGACACGCCCCAGCGAAUCGGGACGGCGGCUGGACGCAGCGACGACGGCCGUACGAGUGGGCGAGGGAGCUGCGCGGGGUCGACGACGUUCGAAGCGCGCUCGAAGAGUUCGUGCGCGCUCCGGACGACGACGACGCGUUCGACGACGAUGCGUCUGAUGAAUACGCGAGCGACGGCGCGCUCGAUCCUGAAUACGCGUCGGACACGGUGUCGGCAUCGCAUGCGGAGGCGUCCCGCGCGAACGGAUCCGCGGGUCAGAGCUCGGUUCUUCUCAAGGCGUCGCCGUCGUCGCGCGACGGCAGCCCGACGGCGGUGGACGCAUUCGGGGACGCGCAGCAGCAGACGCCGGCGCGUCGACGUCGCCUCGCCGGCGAAGAUGUCGGACGUAUCCGCAGCCGCGCGAAGGAAGUCUACGGCGAAGCGCUCGAGCGCCUCGCCGGGUUGCGGCGGUGGUUCGCCGCGCAGCGAACGCUGCACUUGUUGGGAAGCUCGGUUCUCGUCGUCUAUGAGGGCGACGACGACGACGACGAAGGAGAAGGGGACGGCGUCGUCGAAGCCGCGGGCGCGGCGGCGGCAACGACGUGUCCAAAGUCCUCAAGAAACGACGCACAACACGCGAACGGAAGCGUAUGGGAAGGAGUCUCGCUUCCGCGUCCGACGCGGAAAGGCGUGAGGGUGUGCGUGAUCGACUUUUGCAACUACGUCGACGCGCGCGGGGAGCUCGACGCGAAUUUCAGCGCCGGAUUAGACCGACUGUGCGAGAUGCUCGCGAGCAUUCGCGACGACGCGGAAUGA